GACGACAUUGGGGCUACACACGGCUACACAAAAAGCGAGAAGAAUAUCAACAACCAUGCUCAAUUUUAAUUUAAAUAGUUAUUUUGACCUCUUAAAGCACUCAGGUAGCUUAAAGCUUCUCUAUUUGAACGCCUCAAGCGAUCAACUUAUGGUUAUUGCAUGCAUUUACAAUAUUCUAUGGACAUACUCACUUAGUGAGAUUACGGGGAAUGUCUCACAAGUUGAUAGAGUAUGGACCGUCUUACCAUUGUUGUAUACAGCCAUACCAACGUUUGAUUUAGCAAUAAAAACAUAUUUACAAGCACCCCAAUCUACGUCAUUAGUUGAUGUCUUGAAGAUAACUGUCAACCAAAGAGCACUACUGUUGCUAGCCUUACAGUUCAUAUGGUCAUCCAGGCUGACAUUCAAUACAGCGAGAAGAGGUCUCAUGGCAUUCGCUUCGGAGGACUACAGAUGGCCAAUUCUAAAAAAGAAGCUUAACUGGUGGCAAUUUAAGCUUCUUAAUCUUUUCUUUAUUGCAAUCGCUCAGAAUAUACUCCAUUUGUUAACUGGUUUGCCCGCUUUCGUGUUGACAAAGACACCUCAGUAUGAUAUCAACCGGAACGAUUAUUUUCUCUUCACGCUAGGUGUAAUGAACAUUUUCGGUGAAUUUAUCGCUGAUAACCAACAAUACGCAUAUCAAAGCUGGAAGCAUGCAGAAUCUACGAUAGUAGCUUAUAACAACGGUACACUCACAAAGGAGGAGAAAAAAAAGUACACCGAUGGAUUCAAUACUUCUGGAUUAUUUGCGGUUUCAAGACAUCCAAAUUUUGCCUUCGAACAGACCAACUGGUGGAUAUGGGCAUUAUUGGUUGUACUAGGUAGUAAACAACCAGCUGAAGAGAUUUUAAGUACCUUCAUUUCACCUAUUUCUAUGUCACUUUUGUUCGAAUGUUCAACAAGGUUCACGGAGAGUAUAACUUCAUCCAAGUAUCCAAACUACAAAAACUAUAAGAAAAAAGUCGCAAUGUUCAUCCCGCAGUUUACUUUAUUAAAGAAUAUUUGUAAUAUCUGAAUGUAAUAUACGUCCAUGACGAAUGAAGUACAUUUUGCUCAUUCUAUCAAUUAGAAUAGCGUUGUCCUAUGCAACGCGUACAUUCUUCCAACCAGAUGAGUAUUUCCAGGCCCUCGAAGUUGGACACUGGAUGUACUAUGGAUAUGGCCAUUUGACUUGGGAAUGGAAGGACGGCCUUCGCUCUGUUAUGUACCCGGCUAUCUACGCUAUUGGGUAUUUACUUGGUGAUUUCUUAUCACUUCCUAUUACUGCAUCACCGAGGCUUAUCAACGCGUUGCUGGCGACCUUACAGGAUGUCGCAUUGCUUGCUUUUUUGAGGAGAGACUAUGGUAAUGAUAAAGCCAAGAAUUAUCUUCUUCUGACAUUCACUAAUGUGUACGAUCUCUAUACGCGUCACAGAUCGUUAUCUAAUACGGCAGAGGCAGCUCUUACCAGCUGUGCCUUAUAUUAUUGGCCAUUUAAGAGAACAGAAGAUGCGAGCAAGCAACUGGCUAAGGCACUCGUAGUGAUAGUAAUAUCUGUAGCUGUAAGACCAACCAAUGCUCUUGUUUGGAUACCUUUCGCGUUGCAAUUGAUAUACAGAAGGACAGUCGAGUUUAAGACAUUUGUCUUCUUGUCAGCUAGUAUAGGCUUAUCCUCUCUUGCUAUUAUAGUCUUUCUAGACUCGCUAGUUUAUGGCAGACUAGUUAUCACUCCGAUAACAUUCAUAGAGGCAAAUAUUUUAAAUUCAAUUUCGCAUUUCUAUGGUACGAAUAGCGUAUUCUAUUACUUCAUCCAAGGAUGGCCUCUAUUACUCAAUACAAGUGCAAUCUAUGCUAUUAAGGGAUUCAUACAGGCACGCACACCUAACGAAAAAUGCUUACAGUAUACCAUCAUAUUCGUCACACUCGUUUAUUCCCUUCUUGCACACAAGGAAUGGCGCUUUAUUCAACCGCUAUUACCUUUCGCUAUGGUGCUUGCAGCAUCCAAGAUGCACAUAACGAGAAAAAUUGUGAUAUUGCUCUCGCUGGGUAUCUUACCAGCGCUUUAUUUAAUGACUACACACAUGCGCGGUCAAGUUGAAGUCAUGGAAUGGCUUAGCGCAUCUGACAAUAUAUCUAGCGUUGGAUUCUACAUGCCUUGCCAUUCUACACCCUGGCAAUCACACUUACAUCGUCCUGACAUUUCUUUGUAUUCCCUUCAGUGUCCACCAAUUGGAUACAACGAAGAGGAUGCCUUUUAUGCAUCUCCGCAGGUGUUCAUGAAGGGAAAACAAAUGGAAGACAUUGUAGUUGUAUUUGAAGCGUUAUUCUUAGACCUUCCAGAUAGUUUGGAAUAUCUAGGGAAGAAAUACCACCCAAUACAUCGCAUAUCAAACUCAAUCAUCCACGAAGAUAGCCGUAGGAGAGGUGAUAUUGUAAUACUAAAACGUAAUGUUUGAAUAUACCAA